AUGGAGGACUCCUCUGGCAUACCCAGAUCCCAACAGGAUGAGCAGCCCGAAGGCUCCAACAUUACUGCUGUUCCCGCCACUGUGCGCUUCGCCCCGUCCAACGAGGAGCCGGAUGAACCAGAAUCCCUCGAUGAAGCGCCUCUGACCCAGGACCUCAAGGGUACAUCCGAGUAUCUCGGCAGCACAUUGAGUCCGCAAACAUCCAAGUCAUCCAGAUCGAUCAAGCUGGAACCGCCACCGGUGGUGAUGAGACCGCCCAAGGUCAAGUAUGAGGGUUUCAGCUCCACGGCGCUGUCGUGGUUCGCAUGGAACCGCAACGAGGAAAAAGACCUACCCGACUGCGCGAGAUCCAUGCGCCGCUCCUACUCUUACCGAUCCACGUUCCGCCUUUUCGGGUUCAGCUUGACCAGUGCUGUCAGCUACAAGACAUCGGCGACCGGUAUUGAUGCCGCUAUGCACAAUGUUCGCGUGGGAUGGGGAAAGUCGGAAACGAGCUGGGUCCGCGACAGACUGCCCCAGGCGCGGCAGCGAUUCGGGCUCUCUGGGAACAGGCAGCCAGAAUCGCCUGACGAAGAGGCGCAGGACGCGGCGGACCAAGAAGACCGCAGCAGCACCACGGCAGCGGUCGAAGGGCAAAAUCCCAAGCGAGAACCCAGACAGACGAUCCCACGCAUCGCGCACCCGUGGCACCUCGACUACUACUACAUCGUCGUGGGCAUCAUGGGCGACGAGAUCGCGCCCAAGGAGACCCUCCGGCGAGUGAUGGAGAUCGACGGGCUGUUCCAGCAGAUCCGCAAGGCGCACAGGUACCUGCGGAACCCCAUCCGGAGGGCUCUGUCCUUGAAAGAAGUCUCGGGCUUCGGCAUCUACCAGUGCGACCCGCGCAAGGGCUACCACCGCGAGGCGGAACUGGAUAGCGAGACUGAGAGCGCCCUGGCCGAGCUCUGGCGCAACUACAACACCCACAAGCUCGACUACGAGGGCCGCUGGCUGCUCUGGAUCCACCAGCACUUCAACAACGGCUCCAAGAACCCGGAGCUGGGCACGCUGACCCUCGAGCUGCGCCUGCGCUGGUCCGUCGUCAAAGUCGUCUUCUGGGGCGUCGUGCCCAUCCUGCUGAGCCUGGCCAUCGGCUUCUCGUACAUGUACUCGGACCACGGCGAGGUCGACGACGUCGCGGUCGCGGAGGCCGCGUGGGUCAUUGCCACGUAUAUCAUCACGACGUCGGCCUUGAUCUUUGCACUUUUGGCCGUCAUCACUCAGCUGGGGAAUAUUUGA